ACCGUCUUCAUUUUGUUUGGCUUAAACCCUAGACAGUUUAAAACAAUUUCCCCACAAGCAGAGGGUUUUAUGCGCGUAAAGCAAUUCAACAGAGCAGUAGCAGAGCGGCAGAAGCUCUCCAGCAAUGGUGAAGGCGUACCUUCGGUACGAGCCGGCGGCGGCCUUCGGAGUGAUCGCGUCCGUCGACUCGAACAUCGCCUUCGACAGCUCCGGCAAGCACCUCCUCGCUGCGGCGCUCGAGAACGUCGGCGUGUGGCACGUCCGCCAGGGGCUCUGCACCAAAACCCUAGCUCCUUCCGCUUCUGCCCGCGGCCCCUCUCUCGCCGUCACCUCCAUUGCCUCCUCUCCAUCCUCUCUGAUUGCAAGUGGGUAUGCUGAUGGCAGUAUAAGAAUUUGGGAUUCUGAGAAAGGAACCUGUGAAACCACAUUGAAUGGACAUAAAGGUGCAGUGACCACCCUUCGAUACAACAAACUUAGUUCUUUGCUUGCAUCUGGAAGCAAAGACAAUGAUGUUAUUCUGUGGGAUGUGGUUGGCGAGACUGGGCUUUUCCGCCUUAGAGGGCACCGUGACCAGGUGACUGACCUUGUUUUCUUGGAUAAUGGGAAAAAACUUAUCAGUUCAUCCAAGGAUAAAUUCUUAAGGGUUUGGGAUCUUGAGACCCAGCAUUGUAUGCAAAUCAUUAGUGGCCAUCAUACUGAAAUUUGGUCCGUGGACACUGAUCCAGAGGAAAGAUAUGUGGUCACUGGGUCAGCGGACCCAGAUCUUAGGUUUUAUACCGUUAAACAUGACUUGGUAGAUGGGCAAUCUGUCUCUAACACAAAUGGAACAGAUGCUGUGAAAAAUAGUGAUGUGUCGACUCAAAACAAAUGGGAAGUAUUGAAGCAUUUUGGUGAAAUUCAGAGACAGAACAAGGAUAGAGUUGCCUCUGUGAGAUUCAAUAACACUGGAAAUUUGCUGGCUUGUCAAGUUGCUGGGAAAACAGUAGAGAUAUUCCGUGUAUUGGAUGAGGUUGAGUCCAAGCGUAAAGCAAAAAGGAGAAUUAACAGGAAGAAGGAGAAGAAAUCUACAAAAGGGCCAGUUGAUGUAACUGUAAAUGGUGAUGCAAGUCAUGAAGCUGGAGAAGAAGGUGACAAGCUCGUCCUUACAGUUUCUGACAUUUUCAAGCUUCUUCAGACUAUACGAGCUGGCAAGAAGAUAUGCUCUUUCUCUUUUUGUCCAGUCACUCCAAAGAACUCGCUUGCCACUGUAGCCUUAUCUCUGAACAAUAAUUUAUUGGAAAUUUAUUCUAUUGACACCAGUUCAACUACAAAAACGAAUGCAAUUGAACUCCAGGGACAUCGCUCUGACAUCAGAAGUGUUACGCUUAGUGCAGACAAUACUCUUUUGAUGUCCACUAGUCAUAGUGCGGUGAAGAUAUGGAAUCCAAGUACUGGAUCAUGCCUUCGAACUAUUGAUUCAGGGUAUGGACUAUGUGGUUUAUUUGUUCCUGGUAACAAGUAUGCAGUUGUUGGUACAAAAGCUGGUGCAAUAGAAAUUAUUGAUGUUAGUAGUGGUACUUGUGUGGAAGUACUGGAAGUUCAUGGUGGCUCUGUCCAAUCAAUUGUGGCUGUUCCAGAUGGUACUGGUUUUGUUACUGGGAGUGCUGAUCAUGAUGUCAAGUUCUGGGAAUACCAAACCAUACAGAAAACUGGUGAAGAUUUGAAGCAUCUAACAGUCUCGCAUGUAAGGAACCUGAAAAUGAAUGAUGACGUUCUAGUGGUUGCUGUUAGCCCUGAUGCUAAAUACAUUGCUGCUGCACUGUUAGAUUGUACUGUGAAGGUCUUCUUUAUGGACUCUCUCAAAUUUUUCCUUUCAUUGUACGGUCACAAGCUGCCCGUGCUGUGUAUGGAUAUUUCAUCAGAUGCAGAGUUGAUAGUCACAGGCUCAGCAGACAAGAAUUUGAAGAUUUGGGGUUUGGAUUUUGGAGACUGCCAUAAGUCCAUUUUUGCUCAUUCUGAUAGUGUCAUGGCAGUUCGAUUUGUGCGCAACACGCAUUACAUGUUUAGUGCUGGGAAAGAUCGCCUUGUGAAGUACUGGGAUGCUGACAAGUUUGAGCUGCUGUUAACUCUUGAGGGCCAUCAUGCUGAAAUUUGGUGUCUUUCAGUCAGCAAUCGUGGUGAUUUUGUUGUCACUGGAUCUCAUGACCGAGCAAUACGCCGUUGGGAUCGUACUGAAGAACCAUUUUUCAUUGAGGAGGAGAAAGAAAAAAGGUUGGAGGAGAUGUUUGAGGCUGACCUUGACAACACAUUUGAAAGUAGGUACGCACCUAAGGAAGAUCUUCCGGAGGAAGGAGCUGUGGCCAUAGCUGGGAAAAAAACGAAAGAAACUCUAACUGCAACCGACUGUAUUAUUGAAGCAUUAGACAUGGCGGAAGCUGAACUGAAACGUAUUGCUGAACAUGAGGAGGACAAGUCUAGAGGGAAAGUGGCAGUCUUCCAGCCAAAUAUUCUUAUGCUUGGGCUCUCUCCAUAUGAUUACGUUCUUCGUGCACUUUCAAGUGUUCAUACCAAUGAUCUGGAGCAAACAUUACUGGCUUUACCAUUCUCAGAUGCUUUGAAGCUUUUGUCUUACUUGAAGGAUUGGGCCUUGAUUCCUGAUAAGGUUGAGCUUGUUUGUAGGGUUGCUACGGUGCUACUGCAGCUGCAUCAUAACCAGCUGAUUACUACCGUGGCUGCUAGACCUAUCUUGGCUCUGCUCAAAGACAUUCUUCAUGCAAGAGUCAAGGAAUGCAAAGACACUCUUGGUUUCAACCUCGCAGCGAUGGAUCAUCUCAAGCAAUUGAUGGCUUUAAAGUCUGAUGCACUCUUUCGAGAUGCCAAAACAAAGUUACUUGAAAUACGAUCGCGGCAUUCACAACGUGUUGAAGCAAGGGCCGAUGUUAAAGAAGGGAGGAGGAAAAAGAAGAGACAAAAGAAGUCUGAUGACGUGCACGUUUGGAGUUGAUAUCCGCAGUAGCUACAAUGUCAAGAAGUGAAAUGCAUAUGAUGGAAUCACCACUGGAAAGGACUGCAAAAUGCCUUUGACUCAUCUCUGGCUGCUAACAAUUAUUGUCAACUUCGCAGAUCCUUGAUCUAAUCUGGUAUUGGAACAACUUUGGGAUAGAGAAAGUGCUACAGUGAGGAGUUAAGAGUUCUGUGCCUCAAAGGAAAGAGAAAGGUACCGGGUUUACUGUGUUAAUUAUCCAAUUGAUCAUCAAUUUUUGAUAUCUGUUGCAUAUACAUAUAUAUCAUGGUGGUUGUCAUCCCAUUUUUUCGGGGCAUAUUUAUACCUUGUAACGUCAACUGCUAGAGCUGAUGAAAUUGACAUCUGCUUAUGAGCAUGGUUAAUCUGGUUGUUUAUCUUUGAUGUUGUAUGCGCAAGUUACAAGGCCUGAAUUUGUAUCAA